GAAAAAGAAAUCAAAGGAACGGAAACUGCUGACAAAACGAUAACCCCAGCUUCUUACUCUUUUUUAUACUUGUAGCGGGAAUUGGAAAGCUCACCCACUGGAGGCCGCAGCUCAACAACACCACCAAGACAUGCUUAUGUAAGUGAGAGAGGGGAAAUUAAAGGAGCAAAGCAAUGAUACUCUGUUCUUAUAGUCCUUCUGCUCCAAGCUCUCAUCUUUUAUCGACCGACUUUUCUCAGUCUUUUAAGAGUCCCAUACUCCCUCAUCCGUGUACGCAGCAGAGAAGAUGGCCCGACCGGUCUCAAAGAGCUUCUAAAGUUGUUGCUUACUAUGGCUUGAAGAAACCACCUUAUAAAUUUGAUGCUUUGGAGCCCUAUAUGAGUCAGAAGACACUGGACGUUCAUUGGGGAGGCCAUCAUCGUAAUUAUGUGGAAGGUUUGAACAAACAGCUGGAGAAGAAUGACAUACUAUAUGGCUACAGUUUUGAUGAACUUGUCAAAGCAACAUAUAAUAAUGGGAAUCCUUUACCUGAAUUCAACAACGCUGCUCAGGUCUGGAAUCACGACUUUUUUUGGGAAUCCAUGCAACCUGGAGGCGGGGACAUGCCCAAACUAGGCGUCCUUCAGCAGAUUGAAAAGGAUUUUGGUUCCUUUACAAAUUUCAGAGAGAAGUUUGUAGAGGCAGCACUUACACUAUUUGGCUCUGGCUGGGUUUGGCUUGUUUUGAAGAGAGAAGAGAGACAGCUUAAGAUAAUUAAAACUUCAAAUGCCAUUUGCCCACUCAUCUGGGAUGACAUACCCAUAAUCAGUUUGGAUCUCUGGGAGCAUGCUUAUUAUCUGGAUUACAAGAAUGACAGAGGGAAGUAUGUGGAUGUAUUUAUGAACCAUCUUGUGUCUUGGAAUGCGGCAAUGGCACGCAUGGCCCGAGCAGAGGCCUUUGUGAAUUUAGGGGAACCUAAUAUCCCUGUUGCUUAAAAUGCUGUUAGAGCCAAGUAGGUACUGCGGCUAACUGUAAUGAAGAGACUUCCCUACUAGGUUUAUGGGAGUCCCACGGAGGUUGAGCUGGAUUUGGAUGUUGUGCUAUUUUGUUUAUGGGUGUCCUCACGAAUACAAGGAUGGAUCUUGGUACGAGAGAUGCAAGCUUAGAGAGUAACACUAUAGAAUAGAGGAAGAGAUGGUGCAUCAUCGUAUGCUAUUAGAGUAGAACAAGUGUUUGUGUUUCUAUUUCUAUGCGCAUUGCUCAUUGUAGAUUUCUUGUUUGUUAGCCUUUAGUAUUAAGUAACGUGUGUUUGUUGAUUCUGUA